AUGUCCGAAGUCAUCGUCCCGCAGAAGGGCGAAGGUUUCGUCGCCGGAGUUAAGAGAGACCGCCAGGGUAAAGAGAAGCCGAUGAGUAUGUCGAGAGGCAAUGCGCCCCAGCAGGGCGGUGCCUACACCACCAUGUUCGAGGGCUUCCGUGAUGAGCUUGAUGAGCAUCACGACCGUCGGAUGCGCAUCGGCAAGGUGUCGCGCGAUGUUACUGCGCUCAGCAAGAAGAUAAUUUUCUCCCUGCAGCGAGUGCGCAAGCUCUCGCAGCCGAUUCCCACCCACAUCCAGAAAGACAUCGACCAGCGCCUGCAGGAGAUAGCCACGCAGCUCAAGGAGAUCGAGCCCGACGUCCAAGGCAUGAACCGCUACCGCUACCCCCUAAUCUGCCUAGAGGAGUUCGUCGAGGGCGUCUCGUUCGCGCACUACCUGCGCCACCAGACCCUCAUGACCCCCGCACAGGCGCAGGACGCGCUGCUUCCCGUCAACAUCCACCUGACGGCUCCCGACUACGUCUUCGGCAUCUUCGACCUCACGGGCGAAAUGAUGCGUUUCGCGACUGCCGUCACGGCGCUGAGCGGGAGCAUGCCCACGGGCCAGAAGAAUUUGGAGGAUGAUGCUGACAAGUCAGGAGCCGACGACGAUCAGGGCGGCCAGCGAUCCAUCCUCACGGAUAUGCAGGACGUGAGUUCGAUGCUGCACAUCUGUCCCACCGUCGGCAAGCCGGGCACCUACGCGAAGAAGCUGAGCAUCAUGAUCGAGCAGGUCCGCAAAGUCGAGCUGGUCGGCUACGGCGUCACCGUCAGAGGAAACGAGCGGCCCAAGGGGUGGAUACCGGACCUGAGUGAAGCUGCAGGCGGAGAUGGCGAGGACACUGCCAUGACUUGA